UUUUAUUAACCCUUUUUUUAAAAAAAGUUAACAUAAAAUUAUAGCAAAAAAGGAACCUGAACUUUAGUAACACAGCUGGAACAAUCCACAGCGGCGGCGGCAGCGGUGGGAGAAGAGAUUUAAUUUAGUUGAUUUUCUGUGGUUGUUGGUUGUUCGCUAGUCUCACGGUGAUGGAGGCUGCACAUUUUUUCGAAGGGACCGAGAAGCUGCUGGAGGUUUGGUUCUCCAGGCAGCAACCCGACGCAAACCAAGGAUCUGGGGAUCUUUGCACCAUCCCAAGAUCCGAGUGGGACAUACUUUUGAAGGAUGUGCAGUGUUCAAUCAUAAGUGUGACAAAAACUGACAAACAGGAAGCUUAUGUACUCAGUGAGAGUAGCAUGUUUGUCUCCAAGAGACGUUUCAUUUUGAAGACAUGUGGUACCACCCUCUUGCUGAAAGCACUGGUUCCCCUGUUGAAACUUGCUAGGGAUUACAGUGGGUUUGACUCAAUUCAAAGCUUCUUUUAUUCUUGUCAGAAUUUCAUGGAGCCUUCUCACCAAGGGUACCCACACCGGAAUUUCCAGGAAGAAAUAGAGUUUCUUAAUGCAAUUUUCCCAAAUGGAGCAGCAUAUUGUAUGGGACGCAUGAAUUCUGAUUGUUGGUACUUGUGUAUUUUGGAUUUCCCAGAGAGUCGGGUAAUCGAUCAGCCAGCUCAAACCCUGGAAAUUCUGAUGAGUGAGCUUGACCCAGCAAUUAUGGACCACUUCUACAUGAAAGAUGGUGUUACUGCAAAGGAUGUCACUCGUGAGAGUGGAAUUCGUGACCUGAUACCAGGUUCUGUCAUUGAUGCCGCACCGUUCAAUCCUUGUGGACAUUCAGUGAAUGGAAUGAAAUAGGAUGGAACUUAUUGGACUAUUCACAUCACUCCAGAACCAGAAUUUUCUUAUGUUAGCUUUGAAACAAACUUAAGUCAGACCUCCUAUGAUAACCUGAUCAGGAAAGUUGUGGAAGUCUUCAAGCCAGGAAAAUUUGUGACCACCCUGUUUGUAAAUCAGAGUUCUAAAUGUCGCACAGUGCUUUCUUCGCCCCAGAAGAUUGAAGGUUUUAAACGUCUUGAUUGCCAGAGCUCUAUGUUCAAUGAUUACAAUUUUGUUUUUACCAGUUUUGCUAAGCAGCAGCAACAACAGCAGAGUUGAUUAAGAAAAAUGAAGAAAAAACGAAAAAGAGAACACACAUAGAAGAAGGUGGUGGCUGCUUUUUAGAUAUUGAUACCAAGGGCCAUGCUUUCCAUAACCACCACCUUGUAGUUGCAGAAAGCCCUAGAUGUAAUGAUAGUGUAAUCAUUUUGAAUUGUAUGCAUUAUUAUAUCAAGGAGUUAGAUAUCUUGCAUGAAUGCUCUCUUCUGUGUUUAGGUAUCCUAUGCCACUCUUGCUGUGAAAUUGAAGUGCAUGUAGAAAAAACCUUUUACUAUAUGAAACUUUACAACACUUGUGGAAACAACUCAAUUUGGUUUAUGCACAGUGUAAUAUUUCUCCAGGUAUCAUCCAAAAUUCCGCACAGACAAGGCUUUCGUCCUCAUUAGGUGUUGGCCUCAGCCUAGCCAUCUGGGACUGUUCUAUUAAAUUGCUACCAGGAUUUUGCAUCCAGUUACCUCCACUUUCUAGAACAUAUUCUCUACUAAUGUUAUUGAAACCAGUUUCUACUUCAUACAGAUGUUUUUGCAGCACCAAUCAAAGUUCUUCUUCCACGAGUCGAGUCCUUUACGAAAAUGAUUGCAGUUAUCCAUUUUGUGUAUUACUAUCUCUCUGCUUCCUAUACUUGUGUGACUUUAAUUGAUUCAUUCCUCACCAUGGUGUCUCCCUCCCAACCUCACCCUCCAUAAAGCAAUACGCUGUUACACUGUGGGUUUACACUAACCUUAUACUCCAGAGGGGGAACGGGGGGAUGGACCCUGGGCUUAAUUUUCUUUUAAGGUCAAGGGAGUUUGGCAUUCUUCGUUACCAUGAGCUCUUUUGGAAUAAGCUGGUGUUGAUUAGCAAAGAAGGUGUAGAUUGAUACUAGGGAAUAUUGGCAGAACUGUAUGGAAACUGUAUGCCAUUCUGUGCCCGCCAUUAAAUGAGAUUAGCUUCUCAUGGGUACCAUGUCUUUAUUAACUUGCUAAGUAGUAGUAUAAAAAAAUUAUCACUAAAUUUGUUAGCAAGGAGAUUUAAGAUAAAGGUUGUGUUGGAUUCAACAAGUCAAGUCAGCUCAGAUGAUUCACCUCAACUUUACUUUCAUAGCCAU